AUGCGGCGAAGACCACUAGAGUUUGAAACGGAUGAUCAUGUGUUUGUGAGGGUUACACCUACAACGGGUGUAGAAAAGGAAAUCAAGUCCAAUAAGCUUACUCUGAAGUUCCUUGGACCUUAUCAGAUUCUCAGACAUGUAGGUCCUAUGGCUUAUGAGAUGGUUUUGCUACCUUUCUUAGCCAACCUACACAAUAUAUUUCAUGUUUCACAAUUGAGGAAGUAUAUUCCAGAUCCUACACAUGUUUUAGAAGUGGACAUAGUGCAAAUGUGUGAAGAUUUGACCUACAAGACUCAACUUGCAAGAACAGAGGAUCAAAGGAUCAAACAACUUAGAGGCAAGACCAUUAGUUUGGUCAAGGUAAUAUGGAGCGACAAUACGGGAGGUAUGACAUGGAAGCUUGAGGACAAGAUGUGUGAGCAGUAUCCGAGACUAUUCCCUAAUCAGUGA